AUCGUGCAGCAGAACCCAACCAUGGAGACCUUGUGUGGGAUCGCCGUUUUCCUCUUGUGUCUCACAGGCGUCGCCCCGACCCCCGUCCUCCAGCAGCCUCUGUCCACCUCCGUGCCGAAAGGAGGGACCGCAGCCUUGUCCUGCCGGGUGGAGCACCUCAACAUCGGCGACUAUGGGGGCGCCUGGUACCGGCAGCGCGGGGCGCAGGGACCCGAGUGGGUGCUGGUGCACUGGGCGAGCGGCAGCAUCGAUCGGGCCAAGGGCAUCACCGAGCGUUACCUCCCCUCCAGGGACACAGAGACCAACAGCUACGUCCUAACCAUCAACAGCAUCGCGGAGGCUGACACUGGCGCCUACUACUGUGCCGUCACUUACAACAACCAACUGCACUUUGGCACCGGCGUUCAACUGCUAAUACCCAGUCGCCAGCUGUCGGCGCCAAUCGUCCACCUGCACCCACCACCGGCCGACCAGCUGACCCACGACAACGUUACCCUCAGCUGCCUGGCAGAUGGCUUCUACCCCGGCUACGUGCGCGCCCGCUGGACACUGGACGACCGGGAGGCAGAGAGCGAGCUGUGCGCCAGCGCGGUGGAGGUGUCACAAGCCAAGGACGGCAGCUACAGCUGGAGCGGCUACCUGACCCUGCCCACUGGGCAGUGGGACGCCCACUCCCGCUACUCCUGCCAACUUCAGCACGAGUCCAGCCCAGAGCCCAUCGUCAGCACCAUCGAGCGGGAGGCCUGUGAACUCCAGUGAGCGCCCGCUGGCGGACUUCAA